ACACCGUCGCGUUGUAGUGACGCAGGCGCACUGGAUUGACGUCCACGGAAGUGGCUUUGCAUAGCCUGAUAUUCUGUUGAUGUUGCUGCUAGCUAAUGUUACCUGGUUAUGUAGAAACGGUGAAAGGAACCUUUUAAAGUGAUGGCAGAGAGGAGUGGAGAUGAUGUCGUGUCUGAGUUCCUUCAGCAAAACCCUCACCUGGCACAAUGGGUGGAAUCCCUAAGAGAGCUUUCUGAGACAAAUAAGCACUGGCACGCCAGGCGAGAGUUUGUUCUGCGCAAUAUGGAGACCUUUCCUACCAUCCAACCAGGGGUUAGAACUCCCAGUCUGGACAGGCUUCUUUCUCUGUCCAAGGUUUGGGCCAACCAAACGUUCUUAGGCUGUCGCUAUCCCCAACCUGUGAUGGACAAGGUGAAAGAGAUGGCAGAAGGGAUCGGUGUGAGCAAAAGUCCUGUUCAAAAGACUAAAGAUGAGAUCAUAGGAAAAGGAAAGAGACCGUCUGUUUCAGCCACGGAUGCUGAGAGCUGUGCUAAGAAAAACAAAACAGUUCUUAACGACUCUGACAUUAAAGGCGGAGAACACAAUACUGUCUAUCCGAACGCUGCUGCUGUCAAAUCAGGUCCCCUGCCCGAGGCCCCUGCAGAACAUCAGCCCUUCUUUAAUCGUCUUUAUAAAACCGUGGCCUGGAAACUGGUGUCUGCAGGAGGCUUUGGACCCAACCUGGAUCACUUUGAGAUCUUGCGCACCUGUGUGGAGUCAUGCAAGGCCAGCCUUAGUUGUGUAUUUGUGCCUCUCAAAGACAUUCCUGACCUGCCUGCCGGCUGCACCCAAAGAGAGGGCCAGGUGUGUGAACUGCGCUGCCACACAGUCUACAUGGGUACAGGAUACGGCCGUGAUGAAUGUGCAGCAAGGGCCAUGGCCUCGAAAGAGGCCCUUAAAAUUUUUCAGGGGCGGAAGGUGACGGUGAAGACCUCCCGUCGCAGGUUCCGUGGUCGAGAUCUAGAGGAUUUGGUCCUGUUAGACGAACAGCCGAGAAGCUCAGUUUUGCCUCCUGCUCUUAGCUAUCCUUUUUAAGUAAUUUGAGCAAAUCUUUGCUCCUUUGUGCCCUAAAAAAUCUUCUCAUUUUGUUUGUUACUGGCAUUUCAGUUGCUGUUAUAAGGUCAUGUUGACGACGGAAGGUUCAGGGUUGUAGUGAUCAAAGUACACAAACGCUUUUAUUGCUGUGCAUUUAAAACUGAUCAGAAUUUUUUGACACGACAGUUCAGAGUGCAAGCAUCAGUGUGUAGGAUUGUUUAGAGUCUGAGCCAAACUUUUGUCAAGCAGUCUAUUGGUAGUAAUAUAAAAUUUUAUGCUAACUUGUAAAUGUUUUUGGCUGUAUAUAAGCUAACGUUGAAUUAAUAAGCAAACUGCACUUGACCUCUUUACAUUCUAAAAUCUUUCACAUUUCGGUUGGUUUAUGAUAUGUAAUCCGAUCAUUUAUAAAAAGUUAUAAGGUUUAUCCCAAUCAUUGAAGUCCUAAUAUGUUCCUAUAAAUCCUAUCGAGUUUGUCAUGUCCUUUACGGAAGUGUUUAAGGUUUGAACGGAUUAAGUCUGAAUCUGUGUGUGUUUUUUUUAGUGCAACUUGUACUGUACCUUGAAUUUGACAUUAAUAUCAUUUCCUAGUUCCAGGUUUUUUGUUACCGGAGCAAUGGCUGAAUAUUUUCGAAAAUCAUUACUUUUCCCUGUUUUGACAACAGAUAUAAAAACAGUUCUGCUACAUUGGUUUAGUUUCUCUUACUUAAAUUCACAAGUAAAAAAUACUCUGGGAGAUUUUUGGUAAUAAUACUAAAGAAGUGUGACUUUUUCAUGCAUAAAUUGUUUUUACUCAUAAAUGUCUUUUCGAUUCCGUUUAAAUUUUACUUAUUCAAAACAGUACGCCUGAAAUCAUACAAAUCCGUCCAAAAAUCGUAUCAUUCGGGUCUUAAAUACACAAAUGUUGACUUUU